GGGAUGUGACGCAAGUUUGUUGUUUCCAGAGUGUGCGUGGAUGCCUAGUUCACACAUGGCGAGGUAGUCACACUGGGAAAUUGCUUGUGAACCAGUUGGUUUCGUGUACUGAUUUCUUUGUUUUGUGGUGUUAUUCAUAUGGAAACAUAUCUUAUCGAGAAGAUGCCGUGCCAUAACCAGCAGUUAAACAACGCAGAGAGCCCCGAGCACGCCGCGAAGCACGUCCGCUUUGCCCGCAGCAGUAGCGCUGCCGAUUCCUGUCAGGAUGACAUAGAGCCGUGUCAAAACCAAACCCUGAGCGACAUCCACCGACAGAUAGGACCUCAGUUGAAACUCUUGCCAUUAAAUGACCAAAUACGAGAGCUUCAGACUAUCAUUAGGGACAAAACUACCAGUAGAGGUGAUUUUGUGUUUUGUGCAGAUAGAUUGAUAAGGUUGGUGGUAGAGGAAGGUCUAAAUCAACUUCCAUACAGUGAAUGCACCGUAACCACGCCAACAGGACACAAAUAUGACGGUGUGAAGUUUGAAAAGGGAAACUGUGGGGUUAGCAUCAUGAGGAGCGGUGAGGCCAUGGAGCAGGGCCUGAGGGACUGCUGCAGAUCCAUCCGUAUUGGCAAGAUUCUGAUCCAGAGCGAUGAGGAGACGCAAAAGGCCAAAGUUUACUAUGCAAAAUUCCCUCCCGACAUCAGCCGAAGGAAAGUUCUGCUUAUGUACCCCAUCCUCAGUACAGGAAACACUGUCAUAGAAGCCAUACGAGUACUGAAUGAACAUGGCCUGCAAGCCAAACACAUCAUACUACUAAGUCUCUUCUCCACUCCACAUGGUGCCCAGUCCAUUAUUCAGGAAUUUCCUGACAUCACUAUACUGACAACUGAGGUUCAUGUCGUUGCGCCGACACACUUCGGCCAGAGGUAUUUUGGCACAGACUGACUUAACCAGUUACACUUUUUUUUUUACUUCAGCUGACACCUUUACUUGACUUCAGCUGAAGCUGCUUGUGUGUGUUUAUUAUUGUUUCUGUAAAGCCUGACCAGCCCAUGGAGAGUGUUUGUGCGUGUGAUUGGUUCAUCGGGGCUGGUCUCUGUAUUUUUAUUGGUUUUAUUGUGCAUCCAUGUAAAAUGUCAAAUCAUUAGUUCACAUGCUUACCUAUGACACUACCAGGAAAAACAAACUGUGUUCUAGACUGUUCCUGAACAUUCUACAAUGAUGCAAACA